UUCUAGUAGGCAUCUCUCAAAACACAAACACACCCUCUCUUCCGCUUACUUAUUUUAUGGUCUCCAUUUUUUUCCCUUCAAAAUCCCACCUCUCCGAAUCUCUCUCUUUCCUUUAUCUUUUUUCCCUGGUUUGAAUUUUUCUUCGUUUCUUUAUUUUUGUUGGGAUUUUGCGAUUAGUAAUGACAGCACCAAACAUGUCAACGAUCACAGAAUCUUUAGAGAGGUCUUUACAAAACUGUUCUUUGAACCAUGAAAGAAGAAGAAGCAGCAGCAGCAACAGCAGUGGAGGUGACGCUGAAGAAGGAAUAAUACGGUGGUCUUUGACUUCAGAUGAUAACAACCUUCCACACGCCGUUUCUGACACUAGCUUGGAGCUCAACUCCCAUCUCUGUCUUCCUUACCAUUGGGAACAAUGCCUUGAUCUAAAGACAGGAGAGAUUUACUAUAUAAACUGGAGGAACGGAAUGAAAGCAAGGGAGGAUCCAAGGACAGCAGCUGAGUACAGCGGAGAUUUCUACUCAGAGGAAGGGGGAGAGGAAGAAGAAGACGAGGUUGAUAGCUCGUAUGACAGUGAAGAGUCAUCGUCAGAGUCAUCUCCUUCGAGAGAGAGAGCUCGUUACAACAACAACAACAACAGCAACCACCAUCGGGUAGAGAAAGACAAAGACAAUGUCUUGGUUGUGGCUGGUUGCAAGAGCUGUCUUAUGUAUUUCAUGGUCCCCAAGCAAGUUGAAGAUUGCCCCAAAUGUAAUGGUCAACUUCUUCACUUUGAUCGAUCCGAAGGUAGCUCUUCAUGAACCAGAUUUGUCUUUUCUUUCCUCUCUCUCUCUCCCCCCCCCUUUUUUUUUUUUUCUCUCUUUUCCAGUUUUCUCAAUUAGCUUUUCCUUUUCAAUUUAUUUUAUUUUCUUUUUUUGUUUUUGGUCUUGAAAGAUUUUGAGUAUGAAUGGUGACAUAUUAGACAAAUGCAUUAUUUGCUCUUUUCUCUUAUUCUCCCUUUGUUUUUUGCGUUUGUUUUGGGCGCCAUUUAAGUCCCAGCCAGAGAUGAGUCGUAUGCUGCCCGUGGCUGUGGCUAGGUCAAUGGUAAAAAAAGGAAUAAUAUUGGUGAUGAUUGCGACGUGUUGCUUUUAUUCUUCUUUAUUUUGAUUUUUAUAUUUCCUAGACAUUCUUUAUUUUAAAUACACUCCUGUCCAAACUAGCUAUUGCCUCUGUAUUUCAUAAUCGUAUUAGCCCAGCACAUCACUGCAUGGAAUUUAUGACAGAUGUGCAACCAUUCUUUUCUGCUUUCCCCUCCAAUUCUCCUCCUUUUGAUCAUGUUAUUUUUGAAAAGUGCAAUCAAUCAACUGCUUAAGUCCAGGUUCAUUGUCUCUUUUAGAAUUCCAUUACUAAUAUUUUCUAAGUUUAAUGUAACUUAGAGGGAAAAUUUUGGUUAUCUAUUGACUCUGCUAAUCAUUUUGGGUUAUUUAACUAUGCGCCACACAUAUCUAUCAAUCUCAUCUUAAAUCAAAUCAACUGAAUCAACUUUGAUGCAGGUAUCAAUUCACGAUAGUUCAUUAUCAUUUUCAUCAAUGUUUAUCCUUUGCCAUAAGUUACUAUUGUAACAAGAAGUUUUUCUUCUUGUUUCUCUUUAAAGUCGAUCCCAC